AAUUCGAGUCACGUGGUAACGUUACUCCUCCCUUUCCGGCACAACUUUAACCUCUCAAGAUCGUGGACGGAAAGUGGAGGUAACACAUUAAUUAUUAAUCGAGUUAAUGUUCGGCUCGAGACUCGAGCAACACCCACAAAAUACGAAUAAUUCUUCCUUCUCCUACCGCCACGAUAACGGACUAUAAAACAGGGUGCGCACAAUCGUGCCACGCUCUAUCUAUCGGGGGGAACAAUCGCUGCUCGAUUUCGUCGCGUUUUUAUCGCCAAGUUAGACACGUUUAAAAGAAAGAAAGAAACGGAAUGAAGCUCAGCGUCUCCCUGCUGGUUACGUUGGUGCUCCUGAUCCUAUUAGCGAUCGAGGAUACCGUGAGCAAAAAGAUGACCAUCGAGGAACUGAAGAAAACUUUCAAGAAUCUGAGGAAAGGUUGCAGCAAGAAGAACGAUACUCCCAAAGAACUUUUAGACGGCCAAUUCAGAGGCGAAUUCCCAAAGGACGAGAGGCUAAUGUGCUACAUGAAAUGCAUCAUGAUAUCAACUAAAGCGAUGAAGAACGACGUUAUUCUGUGGGACUUUUUCCUGAAGAAUGCUCGUAUGAUGUUACUAGAUGAAUACAUUCCACGCGUGGAGAGCGUACUUGAAACGUGCAAGAAGGAAGUGACAGCUACGGAUGGAUGCGAGGUUGCAUGGCAAUUUGGCAAGUGCAUCUACGAAAAUGACAAGGAGGUGAUUUUUAAAUACGAUUACGCCGAAAAUAAUACUUGGGUUCUAUUUAGUCCCAUGAACGAUCUUUCAGUAGGGAAUUCGCGAUAUCAUCGAAGAAGCAAGAGAAAUUUCUACACAUCUGCACAUCGUGCUUAUCUUCGCCAUCACGUUCGUAACCGUAAAAAGGCAGUGUGCAGAAAUACCAGGACCAAACCUCAAUGUAGAAGAGUCUAAGAAAUAUCAUCGACCAUACUUUAUUCUAUAAUCGGCCAAUAAUUUUUCGAAACUCUUUUUUUUUUUUUAAAUUUUCAUGCGCAAAUAAUUUUAUCGCACA